UGGAUGCAACAACAGUCGUAUAUAAGCGGCGCGCAGGGUUUCGCGCGCAUUUACCUUGUGAACUGCGCGUGAGUUUGUUUGUGAACAACAUGGCCAGAUAUUUCUGUCUUCUGGCGGCAGUAUGCGUGGCGGUGAGCGGCGCGCCGCCUGCCCCGCCGCGGCUCUACCAGCAGCAGUCUGCGCCUGCGCACCUGCAGUCAAUCGGACCAUUGGACUACUUCAGUGAAAACUCAGAAGUUUCUGCGUACUACAACCAGGCGCAGGCGCAGCAGAAGCAAGUGGAGCGCGUGCAGCCGGCGCGGCUCGAGAACCUCGAGAACCCAGAUAGCGAGGUCGAGCUCAUACCCGGCGCGCAGCAGCCGCAGCAGCCUCCUCAGACGCCCGUGUCUCCAAAUCUGCCCGGGCUGGUUCCAGGGCAGAGGGUCUUCAUCGUCCACAUGCCAGUUCCUGGAUACAGACCAGGAACAAUCGGAGGAUACCAGCCCAUAUACAUAGUAGCUGCAGCUCCACAGGGGAACAAUGCAUAUGCUGGAAAUGCAGGUCCCGGCUACCAGAAUGCAGUGCUGGUGAACCCCGGGGCUCCCGGACAAGUGGUCAACCCAUUUUUCGGUUUCCCAGCUGCCCAGGCUCCGGGCGGCCUGGUGGUGGGCGGGCCUCUUGGCUACCGCGGCUUCGAGCAAGUCUACCAACCGCAAUACCAGCCGCAGAUUGAUCCUGCUUAUGGUUUCCAACCCGGUCCCGGCCCCCAGCCCGAAGGUCCCCGCGGAGCAGUACACCUGUCCCAGCUAGUUGGUCUGCAGGCGCACGCGCAGCCCCCACAUCCGGGGAACCAGGGUCAGAGAGCAGAGACAGCAGCGCAGACGUCGGAUCCAAAGAGAGUAGGAGAAGCAAGUGAGAGCGUGGAGUCCAAGGAACCGUUGAGAGAGGAGCCCAGACGCAACGCGCGGCCGACACCUGCGCACGCGCAACCUAGGAAUAAAGCGUAGAUGUGGUUGACACAUAGGGGAGAAAGGUUUCAUUCGAUCUGAGCUAAAGAAUUUAUGCUAAAAAGAAGCUAAAAGGGACUCGGUACUUUCAAAUCAUAUUUAAACACACAACAGACACAACUCAUCAAAACCUGAUUACAGGCAUUCGUGUCCCGUGUUGAUGAAGAAGAAGAAA